AUGGAGUCAAUUUUGGCCUGCGUCCCCAAUUUUGGCUCGGAGCUACAUUACCGAACAAGAGUUUGGCCCCAGGUAGAAUACUGGUCACCGAACUUGUGCGGAAUGUUGUUGUGGAAUCAUAUGGCCGAGACCUUUCAUAUAGCUAGCAAUUGCAGAGAUGUAAAGGUCUUGGAUUUAGUCGAUUCCGUCGUGAUGGAAAAUGAUUAUAAAGAGAGAAGAUACCGGCAUGUGUUGUCUAGCAAUUUGCAAGAAACAUCCAAAAUUGGACGUGACCAACACGUCUCCCAUUUACUCCGUCCAGACAUUCGUAUUCUCCGUUUAUUAGUGAAGUAG